AUGAGCAGUAAUCCAGUUAUCCUCCACUUAAGAGCAGAGACUAAACCAUUGGAAGCUAGAGCAGCUUUGACGCCAACCACAACCAAGCAAUUGCUCGAUGCAGGCUUCAAGGUCUACGUUGAAGAGAGCUCGCAAUCAACAUUCAAUGCAAAGGAAUAUGAAGCCGUUGGCGCUGAAAUUGUUCCAGAAGGUUCAUGGAAAGAUGCCCCCAAGGAUCGUAUCAUCUUUGGCUUGAAAGAAUUGCCAGAAAAUGAUACAUUCCCACUUGUCCAUACCCACAUUCAGUUUGCACACUGCUACAAAAACCAAGCUGGUUGGGAGAAAGUCCUUGGCCGUUUCCCUGCUGGAAACGGUACAUUGUACGAUUUGGAGUUUUUGGAGAAUGACCAAGGUAGAAGGGUUGCUGCAUUUGGGUUCUAUGCUGGUUUUGCAGGUGCUGCAAUUGGUGUGUUGGACUGGGCUUUUAAACAAUUACAUGGCGAUGACGAGAACUUGCCCGGCGUUUCCCCAUACCCUAAUGAAGAUGCAUUGAUUAAAGAUGUCAAGACCGAAUUGGACAAGGCAUUGGCCAAGAAUGGUGGAAAAUACCCUACCGCCUUGGUCAUUGGUGCUCUUGGUAGAUGUGGUUCCGGUGCGAUUGACUUGUUCAAAAAAGUGGGCAUUCCAGACGACAAUGUUGCCAAGUGGGAUAUGGCGGAAACAGCAAAAGGUGGUCCUUUCAAAGAGAUUGUUGACACCAACAUCUUUGUCAACUGUAUCUACUUGUCGCAACCAAUUGCACCAUUUAUCAACUACGAGACUUUGAACGUUCCAGAGAGAAAAUUGACCACCAUUGUCGACGUCAGUGCCGAUACUACUAACCCACACAACCCAAUUCCUGUUUACGAAAUAGCUACAGUGUUUAAUGAUCCAACCGUGCCAGUCAAGACCACCGCAGGACCAAAGUUGUCAGUAUGUUCGAUAGACCACUUACCAAGUUUAUUGCCAAGGGAGGCCUCAGAGUUUUUCUCAAAAGAUUUGAUGCCAAGCUUGUUGCAAUUACCAGAAAGAGACACGGCACCAGUAUGGGUGAGAGCCAAACAAUUGUUUGACAAAAACGUUGCUCGCUUAUAG